AUGCAUGCUGGGGCUUGUAGUCGGCCCUCUCACGGGUUUGCCUUCUUGGGAUUAGCUGGUUACGCCCAAGCAUGGGUGCGCCAGGGGGAGGGGGCAACUUUGCGCGGAGCCAAUGAGAGGACGGGAUGUUGGGGAGUCCCGGUCUCCGGGAUACGCCCCGGUCUGAGGGAGCCGCCGGCGCCGGCGCCGCCUCAGGCUGGUCCGUCCCGGAUGGCUGCGAUCGCUCGGGCGAAGAUGGCGCCCCCAGGCCGAGGGCAGGGACGCAGCGAUGCUCCCCGUGGGAGAACCAUCACAGCCGGCCGCAGCGUCCUUCCUCGCUCCUGCAGUGACCUCUCUGUGGUUGACCCAGAGUUGGAGAAAAGUGGAAGAGCUCUGUUCUGCCCCAGCAGAUUCCUAAAGGUGCGCAACGAAAACGGACCUGGAAGCCGGUGGUGCCAGACAUCGGGAAGUGCUGGGCGGACAGCGAACAGACACGAAGCAAAGAGCGCACUGGGUAGCGCUUCCCACACGCGGUCGAGCUCAGCUCUGAGGAAAGUGGCCCAGCUAGAAAGCAAAAUCAUGAAUCGAAAAAAGCAGAUGGAAUUGCAAAACAUUGACUUGGGCCAGAAGCCUUUGGACGAAGAGUCCUUCUCAUCUGCUUCCAGUCACGAACAUGGUGGAAGGGGCAAGAAAUAUCUGAAGAAUUAUGCUACCGCUGGUGGAAAUACAACCCUCAGUAAUGCCUGUUCUAAGGAAGAGGAAAGCAUCCAAAGCCCUGAAAAGAAGGUUAUGGUUAAACAACAGCUUGGUUUGGAUAGUGAUGAAGAGGAAAUGAGAGAAUUGAUGGAGGGCUCUUUGGAGUUUGCCAGUGGAAAUGAGAAUUGGAAGGUUGUUGUAAGUGAUUCUAAAUGGGGUGGAAAGAGUAAGACUCCAGUUUCGUCAGGAAUGCCUCCUCCAUCUCAUAAGGAAAUUUCACUGAUAGAGGCAUCUAAAACAUCUUCUUUUCAUAGCAGAGACUCAGAGAAAAAUGGUUUUGAUAGAGGUAAUUCGCCAGCACCUUCACCAGCCAGCAGAAACCUGUCAGUACGACAUAACAUGAGAUCUCAAUCGCCGUCUUCUUCCAUGAAAGACAAUACCGUAAAGAUUACUCCGCCUAGAACAGGCAACACCAAGCAAAGCCAAAUAUCGCUUGAAAGUGACAGAAGUGAAAUAAAAUCAUUAGAUGAAUUAUUUUCAAAAGCAGAUGAUGCAGAAGAUUCAACUAGCAGCAGCUCAGAUGACUUCAGACUGAAUAUCCUGAGCCUCGAUGAUUUGGCACCAAAUAUCACCAGUGAGGCAGCAGAAUUAAAGCAGAAAGGGACAGACAUUCAAGUUACUCAAGAAUCAAACAGAAAUCAAAAAAAAGAUACAUUCCUGGUGGAAAAAGACCAAACUUCUCUUAAAAUGACAAGUGCAGUAACUGGUGUGAAUGAUGCUUCCGAAGGGGAUAUUGAAAAAACUGUGACUGAAGCUGAAAUCUCUGAGCAUUUGAGUGGAGUUUCUGCAGAUUUCCCUGGACACAAACAGGAUUAUCUUGAUCAUGAUGAGAGAACUGUUAAUUCAGAAUAUUCUGAAGACUUUGAAAAGUCUCUGUCUACAACAGACAGGGAAUCUGUAUCAAAAAUGUCAGAGGAACUUUCUGAGAGCUUCACGUAUUCUGGAAAACACCCAUCGUCAGCAUCGUCACCUUUAUUUACCAGAGACCAGCAGGACCAGGUACACAGAAUAACUGUCAAAGAAACUGCGGUUCAGACAGUGGAUCCUCCAUUCACCUAUUGCUGGUCAAAGACAAACACCACUGCAGUACUUGACCCACCGGUAGGAAACAGUUAUGUUGAUCCAGUACCUAUUGCCAGUCACGUCGUCAGCACGGAUGCAGUAGAAGCCUUGACAGCGUACAGCCCGUCAGUUCUUGUUUUAAAUGCCAUGUUGAAACAGCACUUGAUGUUGACUCAGCAGUUUGUAGAGAACAUUCACCACCUUCACUUAUCCCUUGUGGAGUCAUUAGAGAACGAGAAGUUCCACUACCAUACCCUGGAAGAGGCUAAAGAGUACAUCAAGAAUCACAAAUCCCCACCUCUAACAAUUGAGCAAGCACGGGAAGAAAUUCAGAAAGCACAGGAGGAAAAACUGCUUUGAUUCUUUGAAUUUUAAGUAAAAUUUACAGUUAUGGAAGUCAAGCUGGAACAAGAAACCCUUCCAAAUUGCAGAGAUAAAAAGCUAUAAACUCUGUGCUAGAAGGAUUUGCACUAACUGCUAUGUAUUUUACUGUUAUUUUCCUAUACCUGAAUUCCGUACUAAUGUCCAUGAUACAGGGAUAGGCAGGAACCUUCAGCCAGCCUAUGCCAGUGUUCAGCAAAAAAGAAACCAAGAAAACCCUUCUCUCCAAAGGGAGCACGGUAAGUCAUCACAGGAUGCAUGUUUAUGGUGUAGAUGGUGUGUUCUCUGGUCACACCUGUGAUCAUCAUAGAAAUGAAAGUCUGUACUAUGGCACCAGAGGAGUGUGAUCACAGUAGAAAAAUACCACGUCCUGCCUUCAGUGCCAUAUUUAAGCAGUGUUUAUGUAUAAUUAGCCUUGCCAGAUUACUACAAAACCAAACACAGGCACAGUUAAGAUAAAUUCAAUACAAGGAAGGCUUAUAGCCAUUGUAUGGGAAUCCAUUUACUCUGAAAUAGGAGCCACUGUUUUCUUUUUAUUAAAAAAAAAGUGUUUAUUGGAAGGCAAAACAAUAAAAUUCACAAGUUGGUAACA